GGCCCUGGUGCUGCCCUGGGCCUGGGUUUCCCACCUGCGCAGCGGGCAUCCCCGUAGCGUCUGCAUACCCGGGUGCUGCGAGGGCCCCGGGCUGGGCCUGUGAUUCGGAGGACCAUUGAUGUGCUUGUGCUUGCAUAGACUGCCCAGGGCGGUGGACUGGCCUCAGAACUACCCUUUAAAGGAAGCCCUAGCCUUAUUCCAAGUCCUUUCCAGCCUGGGCCCGUCCUCAUAGCCGCCCAGUGCAGUGGGGGCAGCUGCCCUCUACUGUCAGCGCUUGAUGACCCAGAGAGGUUAAGUGACUUGCCCCCGGGUUGCUCAGCAGCUGAAGGAAGUUGGAGCUGCGUCAUGGACCCCCAGCCCUUGCCCCGUACCUCUCAGCACUUCAGCAGUGUGAGCCCCACGUUGCUGUGGCCCAGGAACUCGUGGCUCCUCCACUCCUGACUUUUGGGGAGACCCACCAGGAGGGAGGCAGGGGCCCUCAGCCUGCGCCUCACUAAGAGCACCACAGUCACCGUCGGGCUCAGAGCAUCCCUGUGACCUCUCCCAGGAUGCCCUGUCCCAUCUGCUCCCAGGCUGUGACACCUACCCUGCCUGCUGCCCUGGGCUCUGGGAAGAGCCAGGCAGGAGCUGUGAGCAGCUGGGGUCGCCCACCCCAGGGGUCCUCCCCAUGCAGCAGCCGCAGCCACGGCCUGGUCCCCAGCACCUCCUCCCUUGGGGUCACUGUCAACUGUGGGCUGGAGCGCAGGCACAGAGGACCUGGAGAGGUCUCCUGCCCAACCCCAUCCCUGCGUGGGAGGCCAGCUCAGGGUGAAGGCCAUUGGCAGUGACGCCAGGAGGGGAGGAGGGGGAGGACGUGGGAAGAUUAAGUGGAGCCCAAGAAAUGGCCGCUGCACUGGGCCUGCAGAGCCUCCGCCGGGAGCUGAAGGAGGCCGGCGUCCUGCUGCAGGGCUCUGGAGUGAGUCCCUGGGCGUGGGCCUGAGGCUGCCAGCCCGGCUCCUCCCGCAGAUGACGGGAAGCUGUCCUUGGAGGAGUUCCAGCUCUUCUUCGCCGAUGGCGUCCUCAACGAGAAGGAGCUGGAGGACCUCUUCCACACCAUCGACUCCGACAACACCAACCACGUGGACACCAAGGAGCUGUGUGAUUAUUUUGUGGACCACAUGGGAGACUAUGAGGAUGUCUUGGCGUCCUUGGAGACGCUGAAUCACUCUGUGCUCAAGGCCAUGGGCUACACCAAGAAGGUGUAUGAGGGCGGGAGCAACGUGGACCAGUUUGUGACCCGCUUCCUCCUGAAGGAGACGGCCAAUCAGAUCCAGUCUCUGCUGAGUUCUGUGGAGAGUGCGGUGGAGGCCAUCGAAGAGCAGACCAGCCAGAUCCGACAGAACCACAGCAAGCCCGACCACGGUGGCAUGGGCACCUGGUAUGGAAGCCCCUCUCCUCCCCACGCCCCCAACCACAAGCUCAUGGCUGUGGAGCCAGGGAAGAGCCUGCCACCUGUCACUGGGGACCCAAAGGAGGAGGGUCUGGAAGCCCAGAUCAGCCGGCUGGCGGAACUGAUUGGGAGGCUGGAGAACAAGACACUCUGGUUUGACCUGCAGCAGCGCCUGUCAGAUGAAGAAGGCUCCAACAUGCACCUGCAGCUUGUCCGGCAGGAGAUGGCCGUGUGCCCCGAGCAGCUGAGCGAGUUCCUGGACUCCCUGCGACAGUACCUGCGGGGCACCGCUGGAGUAGGGAGCUGCUUCCACAUUGCCGCUGUGAGGUUGUUGGACGGCUUCACCUUCGUCAUCUAUGAGUUCUGGGAGACAGAGGAGGCGUGGAAGAGGCACCUGCAGAGCCCCGUGUGCAAGGCAUUCCGGCACGUCAAGGUGGACACACUGCGCCAGCCCGAGGCCCUCUCCCGGAUCUCAGUGCCAGCCGCUUGGUGCACCGUGGGCAGAGACUGACCGCCGCCGAGGCAGCACCCUCUUGACAAGGACGCCCCUUUUCUAGAAACUUUGGUACAGUCUUUUCAAUCUACUUCUAAACAAGAAUGUAUUUCCUCUGCGGUUUGAAGUGAAAGAGGACCCCUGCCCCCACCCGAGCCGGCAGGGCACUGUGCUCUGGGGUCCCCCUGAGGCUCCUGGGCUGGCCUCGCAAGGCCACAGCCGCCUCUCCUCACCGCCUCCUGACGUCCCCUCCCUGGUAGGAGCCGUAGCCCUGUAGUGCCCAACCUAGGCCUGGGUCAAGCCCAGAAGUGGCAGUAGUGCCCAUGUAACAGUGCCACACUAGGUACCAAAUAAACCCUAGCUGGGAA